GACCAUUAACUUAAUGAUCAUCCCUGUCUUUCCAUCUAGCUCUGAAUCCUCAGUGGUAACAAGAAGGAGAGAUUGACUGCACUGAAUAUAUUUGUAUGUUAGAUGGUAAUUGGAGCUCUGAAUCAUCUCUCUCUCUCUCACUGUAUGUGUACAAAGUCACAUUGCCUGCUACUGAUGAGAACAGUAAGACCAGGGACACUGGGCUGGGCACUUCUGGUUGUGGGGAAACAAGGGCCUCCCACACUUGACGUAGGGACUUAUAUUGAAAGAUAAAACUGUCAAGUUUGAAGUGUCUGCUAAAGAUUGGUGUGGUUUAUCUGGUGUUCACAGGUCCAGGGAAGGUGCAAGGAAAGAACAAAAUAUGAAAAAUUAAAUCUCCAGAACGAGAAGACUAUCUGAGUUAUACAACUAAACUCAUUUGCAGUUAAGAUGCAAAACUGACUCAGAAGAAGAAAACCAAAGCCACAUUUCUUAAUUUUAAGCAAUGAAAAUGUAUUAGUUCUCAGAAAGGAGGAGGAACUAAAUUGUAAUUACUUGAUAUCCAACGCAUAUCCAGGAUGAGAAAUUAAUGCACCACCAGAUUUAAGGACUAAUAUUAACAGUGCAGCAUUUGUCUGUUGAAAAUAUAUUAUCAAAGAUGGCUUCCACGAUCAGCACGCCUUUGGGUCCCAAUACCAGCGACCUGCCAUAUUUGUCGCAGUUGACCUCCCAGAUGACCCCAGCACUGACAACGGUCAGUGAGGACCCUCCCCUGGUCGUCAAUAGAUGUGAUAUUGUCUACAAGUACGACGUAGCUCCAGCCACAAUAUGUGCUGUCUGUUUUGUGUUUGGGGUCCUGUAUGCAUUUCUAGGUUACCGUUUCUUCAAGGCCAUCAUGUUCAUGACAGGCUUCAUAUUUGGCAGUGUAUUAACAUAUGUUCUACUGGAUGAGCACAGUCAGUUACCUACCGAGGCAAACGCUGGGAUUGCCGUGGGUGUAGGGGUACUUCUUGGACUCAUUACUAUGCUAGUACAAUAUGUAGGACUCUUUGCGACAGGAUUUACCUUCGGAUUAUUCCUCGCAACAAUAUUUCUAGUCAUUUUAGAACUUUUUUACCAUCCGUCCACAAAAUGGAUUAGUAUUGGCGUUUUAUUCAUUCUGGGAGUGGUAUUUGCUCUGUUAGCGCUAAAAUUCCAAAAAUCCAUGACAGUUUUAGGGACUUCGUUAUUUGGAGGCGCUCUGAUGUUUAUCUGCUUGGAUUAUUAUGCGGAACUGUUCAUCAUGUCAAUGCAUAUAUUAAAUGUCCUGAAGGUGGAGCCAGAAGCUCAAGACAGGCUCUGCUGGUUCAGCUGGGUUAUUGCAGGCGUAUGGCUGCUGAUAUUUGUGCUGGGUGUGGUGAUACAGUGGAAGCUGACAUCAAAGGGCUGUGAUCACAGGGAUGUGAAAAUAAGAUCGAAGAAACAUCGGAAAGUAAACCUCCAAAAGAUUCGAUCUAGGGAAAAAGAAUACCGCUCUGAGGAAGAUCCCAACACCAGGUACCGCCACUUGUACCAGAUACGACGCAGCAAUGGGGAUGUUAUAUCUCGGAGCAUUAUAGAUCACAUCCACCCAAAAAUGUCUCCCACAACACACAAACUGUCCAGUGAUGAUGACCAUCCGCCAUAUGGAGUGACCAACCUUGAACUGACCAAUAAGUCGGAACAAGAUCGUCCUUUCGGGAUGACCCCUGACAUUGAGAGUGCCAAUACCACACUGACACAGGUGGCUCCUGAAGGUCAAAGUUGA